UAAACCCUUUUCAUGAUAAAUUAUUUCGGUUAAAUUGAAUAGCUUUUAUCAUUGAAAUAUCUUCAAAAUAGAUUCGUGAUGGUGCCCGUACUACUAACGACGUUGGUAGAAUUAUAACAUUAACGGAUACUUUAAGAUCUGACAAUGGCAGAUGACAUAGACAUCGAAGAGCAUGAUGUUCUGGAGAGCCUGCGUCGGAGACAUGAGCAGCCCGACACCUCUAUCGUCAAGUCCGAGCCACUGGAGAUCGAGUAUGAAGAAUCAAAUUAUGAAGAACCCAACUACGAAUACCAGUGGGAAGACAAAGUGGAAAUAAAAAUAGAACCACGAGAACAAACUGAAAAUGCAGACGAGUUCCGAUUCGGCAAGAUCAUACUCGGCAGCAAACCAGACCGGUUAACAGAAGAGAAUGGCCAGGUAACAGCAGGCACGAGCCAACUCAGCGAAGAGGAAUAUAACUACAACAUGUCCCUCGUUCUAGAAGAUUGGGGACCAAUUUUAGAAAGCAGCGAUUGCUAUUGCAAAAUAUGCGAAACCUUAUUCGCUACUGUCAACGCUUUAGAUGCCCAUAGAAUGGUAGCCCACUCAUUCCUCGUAGCCACGGACAAACUGCCAAGCCCGGAAAGAAAUAAGGCAUUUAAAAGCACAGCUAAACCUAGUAAUGUACCACUAACUAAUAGUGACGAUAUGGCUUGUAAAAUAUGCCAUGCCGAAUUCAAAGGAAAUAUUAGAAAUAUAAAAUCAAACCUGUGCAGACAUUACAGAAAUGUCCACCGGGUCGAUCCAAAAACUAUGAACAGCAGCGAUUUCAAAAGCUGGAGGGUUUGCAACCACUGCAAUUUGUAUUUUCCAAAUGAUACUUCUUUAGUUAAACAUUUGUACGAAUUGCUGCCUUUGAAUGAUAAUAAAAGUCCAACUAAAGAUGAUAAGAGAACUGUUAGUCAGCCGGUACCUAAACCGCUGUUGAAUGUAGGGAAAAAUACUCCUAAAGCAGUCAAAUCUACAACUAGUAAGAAUUUAAAUCUUGUUAACUCUCCAAUGAAAAAUGAAGUAACAGUGACACCUCAACCAAAUAGAAUCAUAUUAGGAUCUAAACCUAUGGCAAUCAGUGAAAAUACCAACAGUACGAAAAUAAAUCUUUCCGAGAGCCAAACCCAGCCUAAUAAAAUCAAGUUGACUGAUACAAAAGUUAGGUUCAAAUGCCUCCUGUGUAGUGAAAUUUUCACAACUAAAUAUGGAGCGAAAAAACAUAGGAAAAAACAUCCGACCAGGACUAAAAGGCAGCACAUUUUCGUGAAAUUUGUCAACAAAAACAAAGCUGUUGUGAAUCCUUACUUAAAGAAGGAACCCGGGCAGGUGAAGCCAGUGGUAAAGAAAUAUGCAUCCAAAUUUAUUAAAAAAGAAGUUGCAGAAGAAGAUAAAGGUAUAUUAGUUUCAAAGUCGACUCUGUUUAAAUGCAAUAGGUGUUCUGUUCACUUUUUGACCUGCACCGGAGCUUGCCAACACUCCAUCGUGUGCGAGAGUUCUUCCAACAUCCGAGACUGGGCCUGCCCGCGGUGCCAGCGAGUCUUCAAGAGUGCAGAGAGAGCCGCUCACGAGUAUCAACACAGAGUGUUAAACGCCAACAAGUUUAGAGUGUACGUAGUGUAUUUAGAAAUGAUUGUCCGGGUACUAUGCCAGUGUCCAAAUUGUUUUGUCUGUUUCGAAGAAGACAAGUUCUGGAGGCAUGUUGACAGUGGAUGCAACGAUGCCGCUUCGUAUUUUUGCAGCGAAUGUAAACUACCAAUUGACAUACAUUCGAAGGCGAAUCAUGACAGCAAACACAAGCAGGGAGACUUUACAAGGGACGACUUUAUCAAAGUCGAUUAUGUUUGUUCAAAACCAUUGGGUGUUAAGAAAAUCGAAACUGAAGUUGAAGCAAGAAGCCCUGUGAAGAUCAAAGUUGAGAGAGAGACACCGAAAGGACUAAAACGAAAAUUAGAGUUGCAAGAAGCUCCUUCAAGAAAACGGAAGAAGAAUUUGAAUGAUCUCAUUUUGUACUACUGUCAGUUCUGCAGGUCGUAUAUAGGGAACCAAUCUGUAGUGCAUUUAAGUGGAAGUUGUGCGGAAAAAACUAAACAAUUUGUCGGGUUUUGUCACAUUUGUGGGAUACAUUUUAAAAAGAAGUAUCAUUCAACGCAUAUGUCGUGGCAUGUUAGAUGUCCAAAUCUGGUAAUCAACGAUUUCACUAUAGUUAAGCUGUCCGACUCAAAAAAGACCAAACCGGUUCAGGUUCUCUAUCCGUGCAAGGCUUGCAACGUGAAUUUCUUGACCAAGUUGCACAGGUUCCGUCACAAAUGUGAAGAAACAGCCAGUACCACCUGCCAGAUCUGUCAGAAGAAAAUACAGGCCAAUCUGUUUGACACACAUUGGCGCAUACAUAACUAUGUUAUCCCCCGGCAGAUUAAAACUAUUGAUGACAUGAUAAAUAUGCCAAACACAUCUCAGAAUGACAAAAAGUCACCAAUCAAACAUAAAUUUACCAAAACAGAGACAAAAACAUCUCUAACCGAGUUACCAGACUUGCUUAUGAAAUACCAGUCGCUUACCACUCUAUGGAACAUACUCUACCUGUGCGCUAUUUGCGACACUUUCACAGAUUCGUACGACAAAGUCGUAGAGCACUGCCAGAACCACCUCACCAAUAUGGAGAAUUACGGAGUCGUCAUCAAGAAAUGCGAUAAGUGCAACAUGAAAUUCGACAGCGAGUGCUACAAGCGCCAUCUAGAGCUGCACGCCGAGAACAAGGUCAACAAGAAAACCUUCCAGAUCUUGAAAUACGAGCACUACAAUCUGUUCUCAGAAAAUUGGUUCGACUUUAUAGACUUGCCGGAAGAGCAGAAAGCACAGAUUGUCAACCGGAGCAUAUACGGUGGGAACAGAUGUGUGAAAAUGAAGCUGAUACAACAAGGGCCUCCGGAGUAUACCCUGUAUAAAUGCGAGAAGUGUACGAACUGUUUGACGGCCGAUAAUAUAGUGUACCACGUCAAACUAGCCAACUGUUGCAAAGCUAACAAGAUUCUGUGCUCCGUAUGCCACAUGACUUUUGCUAUCAGGCGCGAUUGCGAAGAACAUGAAAAGACUCAUGAAUCAACCGGUCUCGACCUGCAGUCUUUCAGAAUUGUCUCUUUCAAUAACUCCAUUGACGCUGAAGCAAACAAAACCAUCAUGUCCUACGACACUGACAACCAUGGAAGUAAGAGCAAAAUAUCAUUUAUAGAUGACGAACCACCUCCUAAGAUUCAGAAUAGUGCUCCUCUUAAGUCCUUUGUCUUUUACAAGUGCACAGAAUGUCAGAUAAGUGUUGCCCAUUUUAAAAAUUUCCCGAAACAUGCCUGCAACAGUUCGGGUAAAACACAAUGUGACCAAUGUGGAAUCUUCUAUAACGCCAAGCAUGGUGCACAGCAUAAGACCCUGCAUCAGCGCUACUCCUUCAAUAGAUCCAAUGUGAUAACCAAGACAAUGAACAAAGCUGGAAAAGUGAUUAAUAUCAAAAAGCAAACUCCAGAAAAGAAAGACAAAGGUUCGCUUUUUUCUUUACUUUCGUCUAAAACCAACACUCAAAACAAAGAUGAUGUAGAUCAAAGACCGAAGCUGUACAAAUGCUUCUGCGGCUUACAUUUCACAUCUCUGAAUGCUAUAGAGAGGCAUUACAAGUCUAAGAACUGCAACACUGUCACGCGGGAGAAAUGUAGCCAGUGCAAUUUACUCUUUGACCCCAUCGAGGUCGUCAACCAUCUCUGCAAGCACCACGCCCAGAAUCAAACCAAAUCGUUCAACAUUGUCACUCCAAACAAAAAGACUUUGUACAAAUGCAGCCUGUGUCACGUUCUGUUCUACAACAAAAUAUCAGCCUUCCCACACAAAGCCAAAUGUACUGGACAAUUUUGCGGGAAGAAAUGUGAGAAGUGCGGUCUGGCCUUCGACGCUAGCAGCCUGGCCAUCCACAUGGUCGACCACGAGCGCAACAAUAAACUCAGAAACGACUGCUACGUAAUAGUCGAGAUCCCUGAUGCGACGCUUCCUGAAAUCGAAACAGGACUACAUCCGAAUGUUAUAUACAAGUGUAAAUCUUGCGAUAUUCAUUUCUUAAGACGAACUAGCGCCCGAAAUCAUAUGACGAAGCUCACUGACUGUGGCUCCACGGCAACAGAGACAUGCAAGAUAUGCAAACGUAAGUUCCCGGUCAAAUCCAUCAUGAGGCAUAUCGCGUGGCAACAUAAAAAGUACAAGGUUAAAGAAUUUGACGUUAGAGAACUCACUUUUCGCGUCAAUAGUAAAAUGCCUAAAGUUAUUAAAAAAGCAGAAACUGUAAAACCAGAAGAAAAGACAAGAAAAUUAAAGACAGAAGAAGUGAUCCCGAAAAAAGAGACCGUGUCUUCUACAGUAUAUAGAUGCGUGAAGUGUAUGCUCCUCUUCACCGAUGAAAGCACCUUGCUGACGCAUCUUGAAGACAGGUGCAGUAAAGAGCUAACUGACGAAUGCGAGGAGUGCAGUGUUAAAUUCGCUUCUAAAAAUAUCAAGGAGCAUAACAGACAACAUGGACCCGGGGUGGCUGUAUCCCUGAAUAUCAUAGACGAUGUGCAGGCAUGUGAAAUCCCUGAUAAUGAAACAAAGUUAAGCCCAACACCAUUUGAUCCAAAGCAACAUCCGUUGUACAAAUGCUUAGGCUGCAAUUUGCAUUAUCUAAACAAGAGCACGCUGUCCAGCCAUGACUGCAAUCCUUCCGCGAUUGUAAAUUGUGAAAUAUGUGAACUCAGCUUCACCAAAAGAGUUUCUACCGUCACAAGAUUAUUCACGAGAAAUAUCAUUUAAAAAAAGAAGAUAUCGUCGUUUUAACUUCGGCUGACUGUGGCAAAAGACCUGCAACUCCUGUUAAUGUAACCA